ACGAUCGGACGCAUAAAUAGACAGAGAGCCAUGGAUUUUUUACCAAAAGACAAAAGGUCAAAACAUAUAAGUAUUGAUUUCUUCUUAGAUUGAGAUACAUAUGAUUUUCAAUGAGUUCAGAGUCCUUAUUAAGCCAGCAGGAGCGCCAGACAGAAGCAACAAGUGUUGACCCUAUUAACACAAUGGAAGCUCGAGUAGGCCACCAAAAAACUAAAUUGUACAAUAGCUUAUAUGUUUUCACAUCAUCCUUAGGGAUAGGUCUGAUUGUGUUAUUACUAUUCUGGCUGAUGUACUAUAGAGAUGGUUUUUCCUGGCAGGCUGACCCAAAAAAGCAGUUUAAUUGGCAUCCUUUUAUGAUGGUUCUUAGUAUGGUAUUCCUUUAUUCACAAGCUAUUCUAAUAUACCGAACUGGCAGAUAUAUGUCCAAGAAGAAACUGAAACUACUUCAUGCUGGAAUCCAUUUGUUGGCGUUUAUUUUAUCAGUUAUUGGCCUUAAAGCUGUUUUUGAUUCACACAACUUAGCUACACCUCCUAUACCAAAUCUCUACAGUCUCCAUUCUUGGAUUGGACUAUUAACUGUUAUUAUUUAUACAAUUCAGUUUUUGGCCGGAUUUAUAUCAUUUUUAUACCCAGGAUUGUCAUCAUCCAUGCGAAAAACAAUGAUGCCAGUUCAUAUAGUCUUUGGAACCAUAACUUUUAUAAUGGGCCUUAUAAGCGUUAUGACUGGACUUACGGAAAAAGCUUUAUUUACACUGAGCAACGACUAUUCCCGAUUUAUUCCUGAAGCAUUUGUGUUUAACUUCAUGGGCUUAAUUACCACAUUCUACGGACUUUUGGUGCUCUACUUGGUUACAGACUUAUCUUAUAAAAGACAAACUUUACCUGAAGAAGAAAUAAUUUUAAUUGGGCGGAAUAAUGAAUAAUUUUAAAUAGCUAAUGGGUAAUGAUGACCUAAUAAAUAUAAAAAGGAAAUUACCAAUUGUGUAAAUGUAUAAGUAAAAUGCCAAAAUGUAUACAUAAUAUAUAUCAAUAUUAUAAAAAAUAAAAUUAUACAUACUAUCAUCAACCA